GACAAAUGUACAUGACUACAAAAUAAAAACGAAAAGUUAGUUAAGCUGAUUGUUAUCUGAAUAUUCUUGUCUGUAUAAAUAACAAAUCACAAAUCGGGCCACCUAAACUUAGUAUCCUUGCGGAAUUGCGGGACUGGCGAAAUGUUUCGCGCAGUGGUGUCUUCGUUGCGGCUAACUCGUUUAGCCGGUAGUUCGCUACUAAAUUCGGGUCUAGCUGCUCAGAACCCUGGGAAUUUUCUGAUUCCAACCCAAAUUGCUUUAACGGAACAGACUCGCACAGUCAUCAAAUUUAACCACAAAGAUGGAAGCCGUGACAUUGACCCGAUUGCAAUCAAGAGCUUCUACCGAUUGAACUGUGGUUUGUGGAUUCACGCGAUGCCCGGUCGGGGAGUCAAACGCUGGAAAAAAACACCCGCACAACUUGAUAAAAUGCGCAAACACGUGUUUUGCAAACGAUAUCAAUGCAAGGUGUUGGACAAAAUGGUGAAGGGCGAAGGUGGCAAGUACCUGGCCCCCAAGUAUCUUCCAGACGACAUCUACGAGCCCUACAAUAACUUCAAGCCUCCAAAUCUCGUUUACAGACCUUUCCACUAGUCAGCUUGCAGAAAACGAAAAGUAUAGAAAAGGUGCCAUCUCGGUGUCGACAGACCCUAGUUUAACAACAAAAAUAUAACUGUAAUUUUCGCAAAACAUUUACACUACCUGACCUGUAAGGAUAAGUAACAAACGAACAGCAUAAAUGUAAGAAGAUCGGAGGUUAUUAAACUUUAUGCAGUCGUUCUUA